CUUAACCUGCUAUAAAUAUUAGCAACGCUUUCGGCCGCCAUUUACUUAACUGCUUGGUUUCAAGUUGUAGGUAAUCCCUGUUAUGGCUCGCACAAAACAAACCGCUCGUAAAUCCACUGGUGGCAAAGCGCCCCGAAAACAGUUGGCCACCAAGGCGGCUCGUAAGAGCGCGCCGGCAACAGGUGGCGUGAAAAAGCCCCACCGCUAUCGGCCAGGCACCGUGGCCCUGCGCGAGAUCCGCCGCUACCAGAAAUCCACUGAGCUGUUGAUCCGUAAAUUGCCUUUCCAACGCCUGGUGAGGGAGAUCGCCCAGGACUUCAAGACCGACCUUCGCUUCCAGAGCUCGGCGGUGAUGGCGCUGCAGGAGGCCUGCGAGGCCUACCUGGUGGGUCUUUUUGAGGACACCAAUCUGUGCGCCAUCCACGCCAAGCGCGUCACCAUUAUGCCAAAGGACAUCCAGCUCGCCCGCCGCAUCCGCGGAGAGCGGGCGUGAUAAGACUAGCUUUCUUUCAUACUUAAACCAAAGGCUCUUUUCAGAGCCACCACCUUUUCAAGUAAAGUAGCUGUAAAGAACGGGAGUCUCCAAGUAUGAUUAAGUCA